AACUAGGAUGAGAAGGUUCCAGUACUCUAAGUCCAUGACUUACCGACUUGUAAUAGAACAGUUGUGUGUAAAGAGAGAUAGAGGAGAUUCCGUCUUAGCAAGCCUCUUCUUUUUGGUGUUAUCCUACAAGACUCUACAAGUGAUCAAAACUUAACCUAUCACAAUCUCUUAAACAUAAAAAUCCAAAAACAAAUAUUAGAUCAAUUCUCUACCAACGACCAAAAACUAAAAUAAAAUAAAAAGAGUACAUUUCUAAAACUUCAAUAAUAAUCCCCACUUUUCAGCCCAUAAGAAAAUAUCUUGAUAUAGUUCUUAUAAGUCACAAAGCUUUACUGUCAUUAGAUAGAUAAUCACUUACAUCAUUACUAGUUUUCUUCUUUCAUUUCUCUCUUUAUCUGUCUUCAUUGCUUGUUUAAGUGGAGAAUUAAUCUAAGACAAACUAAAGAGUUUUUUUUUUUUUUUUUUGGUCUCUUCUUACAUAUGAAUCAAGACAUGAUGAUUCCACAUAAUCAUGACCGCCUCUCAUUCUCUAGCUUUGUCCAUGACCAAGAAGAGAACAUCACCAUAAAUCCUAGCCCUAAGUCUCAGCCUCCAGCCUCCACUAACACACCCAAGAAAAAGAGAAACCUCCCAGGAAAUCCAGAUCCAAAUGCAGAAGUCAUCGCUCUAUCUCCAAAAUCCCUCAUGGCGACAAAUCGGUUCUUCUGCGAAAUCUGCAACAAGGGGUUUCAGAGAGAACAGAACCUUCAGCUUCACAAACGAGGCCACAACCUGCCAUGGAAGCUUAAGCAGAAAACAAACAAGAAUCAGGUGAAGAAGAAAGUUUAUAUUUGCCCCGAGAAGAGUUGUGUCCAUCAUGAUCCAGCUCGAGCCCUAGGCGACCUCACUGGAAUCAAGAAGCACUUUAGCAGGAAACAUGGAGAGAAGAAGUGGAAAUGCGACAAGUGUUCCAAAAAGUAUGCUGUGAUAUCCGAUUGGAAAGCUCAUAACAAGAUCUGUGGUAGCAGAGAGUUUAGAUGUGAUUGUGGUACCCUCUUCUCCAGGAAGGAAAGUUUCAUCUCACAUAGAUCCUUCUGUGAUGUCUUAGCUAAAGAAAGUGCUAAAUUCUUCUCAGUUCCAUCACCUUUAGCCGCCAAUUCGACUAUCGCCACUGUAGCUGAUAUCAACAAUCCAAUUCUUAUUCAAUCACAAUUGGAUCAAUCUUCCAUAGGUAACGUCAACAACAAUCACACCAGCUUAAAGUUCACAAACUCCAACCCAAUCCAACAACAAGCCAAUGCUUUUGCGCUGUCCUCAGCACCAUCACCUGUUACUACAUCUGAUUCGGUUCAUAAUCUAUGGAAGUUACAAGAAGAGGAAUGUUCACACCAGUGGUUACUCAAUGAAUAUAUGAACAACGACAAAAACAUUAUUCAGAAGGGAAUAUUCAAGAAUCAAGAAGAUGAGAUCAAGAAGGGAAAUAUCUACAGCGGCUCGAACCCAACCGAUGCAAAUACAGCAUCCUGGCUCUCGUAUAGUCAAGAAGCAGGGAAUAUGGCUUCAUUGUCGGCGACAACAUUGCUUCAUAAGGUGGCUCAAAUGGGAUCAUCAUCAAGCUCCGACACUAGCACCAUGUUUGGGCUCAUGACUUCCUCCAUCUUCAACAAUACAUUGCCAAAAUCCAAUUGUUUCAAGGCGAACAAUAAGGAAGAAGAGUUGACCAGAGACUUUCUUGGUGUGGGAAGUCCUGACGACCAACAACAACUACAUCAUCAUCACUUCCCAUCAAGCGUGCCAUUGACGGUGAACCAUAAUGCUCCCAAGUUGGCUGCAACCAUUGUAGGCAAGGAAGCAACCGUAGGUACGGCGUCAGAUUCUGAAAAUACUCGGUUUUGUUGAUGUACAAUGUAAUUCCAGGCUUUCUUUAGGAAAAAUCUAAAAUAAUAACUCACAUGAAGUCUUUAGAAAAGUUCACAAAAUAUUAUGUACGUGGAAGUGUAUUGUUUAAACAAGAGUCCGGUGUUUGUAUACUAUUAAUUUGCUCUGAUUUCA